AUGACAAACAAAUUUUAUGAAGUUUUAAGUUUUAAAAAAAUGGGAUCAGGAAGUUCACAUCAACUUUCUCCAGCAGAACUUAGUGAUCUUGAAGGAACAAGUGGCUUAUCUAAAGAUUCAAUAAAACUUCUUCAUUACCGAUUUGUAGAACUUGCAAGAGCUAGAAAUCGUGAAACUAAUGAAUUAUUUAUUCGCCGUGAGGAUUUUAAAAGAGUUGAAAAGUUAAAAACUAAUCCAUUAGGAGUAAGAAUUAUUGAAGCAUUUUUUGCUGAUGCUUGUUGUACAGAUAGACUUUACUUCAAAGAUUUUGUUAGAGUAUUAGCUCAUUUUCGUCCCAUCAACAAAAAUAAACCACAUCCAUGGAAUGACAGAGAAGCAAAAUUAAGGUUUGCUUUUACAAUGUAUGAUCUAGAUAAGUCAAAUUCAAUUGCUGUUGAAGAAUUUGCUGAAAUUUUAAAAAUGAUUAUUGGACAAAAUGUUGAAGAGGAUCAAGUUGAAAGAAUAGCUGAACAAACUAUGAGAGAGGCUGAUAAAAAUGGAGAUGGAAGUAUAACAUUUGAGGAAUUUUGUCAUGCUAUGGAAAAAACUGAUAUUGAACAAAAAAUGAGUUUUAGAUUUUUGACAUAA